CCUAUCAGAGAUAUUAAUAUAGAUACUAGUUACGCAAAGCUUAUUAUCACAUGAAAUCCAUAAUGUACCCCAAAACAUCAUUGUGAAGUGAAAAGUGCUUUAUCAGAAAAUGAAAAAGCAUAAAAAAUAUUCCGUAAAAAUAGCUAUAACUAUAAAAAAAACCUUUGAAAGGUUGUCGAAAUGAUUGGAUUAAAAAGAACCGGAGUUCAAACAGGAGGACUAGUUCUUCUCUUCCUUCUCACGUUAAUAUACAUUUCUCCCGUUAACAUUAUAAAUCCUACCCUGGAAUCAAAUCUAAGUAAAGAUUCAAAUACAACCAUUGUAAGAUUUAAAUUAGAACACUGUAACUGUGAGCGAACCCUGGAGAUAUUUAAAAAUGAAAAUGAACCCCUGUUCAACUCUACAACCUGUGGUAUGGACGCAUUCCGACGUGGUUCUCAUCAACGAACUAUCGGGUUCUCAUUCUACGGAGAUCCAAGGACUCCUAGGCACAAGUCCAAACAGUACUUUCAGGGUAUAUCAGAGAACCUGAACCUCCUUCCAAGGUUCUAUCCAGGUUGGACUAUGAGACUGUAUUAUGAUCUAGCUCCUAAUGAUCCUCUGCUGGUAGAUCUGUGUUCCCUGGCCUGUAAGGACUCGAACCUGGAUCUCUGCUACGUGAAGAAUCUACCCGGAGUACCGAUGAAAGAUGCUACAAAGGUUUUUGCAAUGAACUGGAGAUUCUUUCCAACCCUUGAUCCUCAGGUUGACCUGUAUGCUAGUCGUGACCUGGACAGUAGGUUUACAAGUAGAGAAGAGGCAGCCGUAAAGGAGUGGAUGGAGUUGGGUCAACCUAUUCAUUCUAUGCGGGAUCAUCCGGCUCAUACUACACCCUUCCUGGGAGCAGCUUGGGGGGCCAGGAUAGAUACAGAUAAUAUCAGGCAUAAGUGGGUUCGAUCUUGGGAGAAGAUAUUAAAGGAUCCUGAAACCUUUGCGGAGAGGAAUAUGACGGGUCCAGAUCAAACUAUUCUUGCAAGAUAUAUCUGGGAGUGGGGUCGUCAUAUGUCUGUUCAGCACGACGCGUACACGUGUCACAAGUUCUCAAACACCAUAGGCUGGCCCACACAGCGACUCAAAGGAAGCAAUAAUUUUGUCGCCGCUGUCGUCGGAGAUGCCGGAGGACUUUGGCGAAAAUGUCCGAAAAAGUGUCGACGCAAGGGACACUUGGACUGGGAACACUGCUGAUUAAAUUGUAGUACUUGAAAUAUGAAAACAAUAAGUUCAUAAACCAAUGUUGUAAACUAAGGUUGGUUACUCACGAUGCGCUCCAAUGUACGAUAAAUGUCGUCUCCUGCGAUAGAUAGAUAAAAACCUUAUAUGGCGUCACUAAUUACAGAGGUGACUUGAGAGUGACGUCAUAUAAGGAUUUUACCUAUCUAUCUCAGGAGACGACAUUUUUUAGCACAUCAAGAGUAACCAACCUUGCCAUAAACACAAAUACUGAAAAAUGCUGUAAUCUUCUUUACAGGUUCUGUCGUCUUCACUUCAAGGGCCCCUCCAUGGUAAGAGGGACAUGCCUGAUUCCCAACAGUACCCUUUAAACCUUUAGUUAAGCAAUGAUGUGAAAUAUAACAUCGUUUUUUUAUUCGAGAAGUCUGAUAAAUUCUACAUCGUUUUCCUGCAGCAUAGAGAAACAACAUUUGUAAAAGUAUCCGGAACAGUACCGUUAUUAAAUAAAACAUGUUUUACAACAAGAUAAAUGAAAAAAAAAUUAAAGUGAUUUAAAUCUCGAAAUCUGAAAUCUUUGAUUAAGUUUUAUUUAAUCUUGUAAUUAAUAUGUUUAAAAAAUGUAGGAAAAUGUGAUGAAAACUUUCUCAGACUCAGACUGAACAAUUUAGUUCUUUAUCUUAUCAUGCACCCUAAACUGCAGCUGUAACUUGUAUGAGCUUAAUUUAAAGAAAACUAAGAGCUUAGUCUGGCAUUUUAAAAUUCAUAUAAAGGAACUGAUUAAUUGCCUCAACCUCUAAUUUUAUAACCCUAAAUCUUUGUAACCUGGUAAUAUGUUCCUAAGAUGACUGUAACCGAAACGGUGACUGUAUAGGCAACAAAAUAGAAUUUACAGAUAAAAAUUAUUUUAAAUGAAUAUAGAUGGUACAGGGAUACCCACAAGGCAUCGAUACUUAUUUAUUUUCAUGUAUCAACGUUUCAAAGAUUAUAUUUUAGGUAGGAGUACGAAUUUAACCAUAAGAAAUCAUAGAUGUUUGAAACAUAAAAGUCUCAGUCUGUGUGGGAAACCCUUCAUCUACUUUCUGUAAAUCAAAUAAGAAAACAACUGCUAUUAUGCUCCAUAAUGUUAAUUUGAUUUAU